CCAAAGUGAAAGGCAUCUUGUCUGGCUUCAUGGAAGCUACGUCUGAGUGCAAUGUCCCGGCGCACCAUAGGCGGAGGGAGGGUCUUAGGAAGUGCUAGAACUCUGGGUCCGCCUGUUCCUCCUCCAAAGCCGACCUCCCCUCUACCGUCGCACGUCCUUUCGCCUUCUGACUCGACUCUGUCAUUGAAUACGUCGGAGAGCGGAGCAUCUUCACCUCCUUCAUCGGAUCCUCAAGAUAUCGCUGCUCGGGUCUCUCUAGACCAUGGAGGGCCAGAUCUUUCCGCAGCGGCUGCCGCGGCAGGCGACCGCCUAGUCUGCCCUAUCUGCAAUGAAGAGAUGGUCACACUGUUACAGUUGAACAGACACUUGGACGAUGUACACAAAGAGAUAGAAGAGGAACAACAAGAUGAAGUGAAAGAUUGGUUCAAACAACAGAUGGUCAAGGCGAAGAAGUUCCAACCGCUGGCUGUGUUGAACCAGAAACUCAAGGGUUUGGAUGUGUUCGAAUCCAAUCACGACGUGGCUCGCAGCAGCACGCCUGUGCCUAGGAUUGAAUCUAUCGCGAGAGAUUCUGUUCCUCCUCCUACACCGCCGAAGCCGACCCCUGCAGUGAUUGAUCCAGACGACAUCAUAACGAAGCAGCAUUGGCAGAAACGAACCGGAUACGAUGUAUGCUCAGAUCCCUCAUGUGGGAAGAGAUUAGGCGCCGGAGCUGGUAUUGUCAAUUGCCGACACUGCGGCAAGCUCUUUUGCGACGAGCAUACAAUGUAUCAAAUGAAACUGUCAAGGUCUGCCCAGCAUGAACCCGUUCGUGGACUAUGGUACAGAGUAUGCGAAACGUGCUAUAAGAGCCGGGAAGGCUACACGGACAGGCACGGUCUUGAACGAAAUCGAAUGGAUGAUUUUGAGAGCGUGAGGCGGAAAAAGCUCAGUCAUCAAGAAAUGGAAGUCUCUAGACUCGAGAAGAGACUCUCCAGGUUAACACAACUCCUUGCCAAUCCACCAGAGGAAGUGGUACCGCCAAUAACGAACAAGCGGUGGUCCCUGAGCUGGGGCCAGAACGAUCCCCGAAAGGCCCUCGAACAGAGUAUCGUUGCGUGGCAGAACGAUACUGAAGUAGCUCGUUGUCCAUACUGUCAGCAGGACUUUACACAGUAUACAUUUCGACGGCAUCAUUGUCGAACAUGUGGGAAAGUUGUUUGUGGAGACCCAGUCACUGGCUGCUCGAUAGUUAUCGGUCUCAAUGUUGCAACAACUAACCCCUGUCGCUCCAUAACAGAAAAGCCCGCUCCCGACAAUGCCGUCGCUCUCGACAUCCGCCUGUGCAAGGAAUGUAACCACACAAUAUUCUCACAUCGGGACUUCCAAUCUUCGGUGACUUCUACCGCCAUUGAAACAUUCUCCCGAGCAUACAACAACCUCUUACAAUUCGAACGGGGAAUUCGCUUAUUGCUGCCAAGGUUCCAAAAACUCCUUCAAGCACUACAAGAUCCCGAUCACCCGCCAUCUUCGUCACAAAUCUCGGACGCCUCACGGACGCGGAAGCGUCUCAUGGACUCUUUUACACAAUACGACACGGCCGCCCGCCGGAUGCGUGAUCUCCCAAGCCACUCGCCCACCCAACUCAAACUACAAAAAGCCAUCUAUCAGAACGCCACUCAGUUCUUACACCUGCACAUGCUGCCGCUGAAGUCUCUACCCAAGGUUCUAAAACACGCCACACCCCACGGUAGUGGUGGCGGUAACAUGCCCAAACUCGACCCCCGCGACCCUCGCUCUUCCCUCGCCAUCCUCAACAACAACCACGUCCGGCACGACAGCUCCUCAAACCUGUCCGUGGCGAGCUUCGCGUCCUCGCGCGUCAGCGAGCUCGAGGCCGAGGAGAAACAGCUGCGCGAGCGACUGAUUGUGCUCGAGGAGCAAAAGUUCAUGGUGCAAGAGAUGAUUGCCGACGCGAACAAACGACGAAAAUUUGACGAAGUCGCCGCCCUGGCGGGCAACGUGGAGGAUCUCAGCACCGAAAUCGACAGUGUGCAGAAACUCGUAGACAAUUUACGGGGCGAGUUCGACAGCGUUUAUACAGGCGGAGGAGGAGGGUUGGGGAGCGGCGUCAAUAGCCCUGUCAGAAGAGUCAGUGACAUGGGCACGAGCCCUCAAUCGUCGUCGACGGGCCAGGGGAAGCUGAAGAACGUCGUCGCCGCAGGCGAAUUAACCUGACCUAACCCUGCGCAUGCAGCGUGAGUUUGUCCAUUUUCGAUAGCGAGCGGGCGUUUGGCAUCUGGAGCUCACUUUCUUCCAAGCACGUGGGCGUCGUUCAAAGGGUUUAAGACCUACCGUUCCAGACAUGUUGAGUCGGGCAGAAUAGAAUCUCCGGCCUCGGGUACGGUGCAGAUAUGAAAAUGACAUGUGAAAAUGAAAAGACCCAAGAG